AUGAAUGCAGAUUUCCAUAGAGUGCUUGCUGAUUUCUGGCAACGGGGGAUGUGGCCUAAGGGUGGCAAUGCCUCAUUCAUUGCAUUGGUCCCCAAGGUAUUAGCCAAGGUGAUUGAUGAUAAUCAGUUUUCUUUCCUUGGUGGGCGUAAUAUGCUGGACAAUGUGGUGGUGUUAAAUAAGGUUCUUCAUGCAGCUCGGAAGUUGAAAAAGCCAACCUUAGUCUUCAAGGUUGAUUACGAGAUGACAUAUGACUUGGUAAGUUGGACAUUCCUAGCUUACAUGAUGAGGAGGGUGCUCUUUAGUGAAAGAUGGAUCAAAUGGAUUAUGAGUUGUUUAGGUUCAACUUCAAUGUCGGUAUUGGUAUAUGGUAGUCCUUGUGAGGAGUUAAGAAUGGGUAAGGGGUUGCGUCAAGGGGAUCCACUUGCCCUGUUCCUAUUUUUGAUUGUUGCUCAAGGUCUGAAUGGAUUUUUCUCAAAGGCAGUUAAUUUGGACAGAUUUCAUGGGUUUACUUUUGGUGAAGAUUUGGGGAUUGAUAUCUCUAUGCUUCAGCUUUCAUAUGACACCAUUUUUGUUGGUGAUGCCUCUAUCCAAAAUGUACAAACUCUUAAGUGUGUGCUGAGAUGUUUUGAGCUCGUGUCAGGGCUCAAAGUGAAUUUCCAUAAAAGGAAUGUGGCGGGUGUGGCGGUAGCAGGGGGUUGUUUGAGACAAUUCGCGGCUGUGCUUUAUUGA